AUGGCUUUAUUCUGUUGUCUACUUCUGAUAAUUUUAAACUACCACCUGGUAGUAGCUGAAUAUGGUCAUGUUGAAAAUCCGGCACGAUGUCGAGUGAAAUGCCAAAAUCAUGGAGUAUGCGUUUACGAUCUGAACAUUCCAACAGAUCAUCGCUGUAUUUGCUUGGAAGGAAUUUAUUUUGGAGAAUUUUGUCAAUACAGAGGAAUUCUUUUUGGAGAUUUCGAAGAUACAGAAGAUAAAGAAGAAGAACUUGAUGUUGAACCAGAAACUAUUCGUUCACCGGAAGAGUCAAUUCCUGGUGAACAUCUUUUUGAUAAAGUUAUUCCGGCAGACAGCGAAGAAGAUGAACGUCAAAACGAUUUUGGCGAACCGGUAAUGGUAGAUCAAAAUUCUGCAGAUAAUGUUCACGGUUCGAAGGUAACUGAACAAGAAGUUCAUAAGGAACCAGAUCGAGGAAAGCAACUGGAGAGGAGCAAGAUUGCGGAACAAAAUUUAGCAUACGCUGAUGGAAGUUACGGAAAUUAUCACGGCCACAAUCGGCUGCACUACGAAACAUUGAGCGAAACUUCAUCGCUUGGUUCACGCAAUCAACUAAAUGCUCAGAAUAACGUCGACUUGGAACCGGAGGCAGAGCCAGAAUCAGAAGAAUCAGAAGAUGAUGUAUGGAUGAUGGCUAGAAGGCCGCGUGAGUUUAAUCACGCAGUUUCAGUAUGCGGCAGUUGUUGGAUUUUAUUGGUAGUCGUUUUCGGUUUUUUAUUGGCAUAUAAUCGACAGGUGGCUUUGGAAAACGGGCUGCCGGUAUGA